UUCCGCGCUAGUAGCUCCCCUCCCCGCUCCGUGUCUCCCACCAUAAGCUCUCUGCUCCACAGCAUCUUCUCUCCCUCCGUCUUUCCCUGAGUCACUGCUGGACCGGCGGCUCCUCGGCGGCUCUUUAGCGGCUCUGCGGCGGCUCCUCGGCGGCUCCUCGGCGGCUCCUGUCAGGUGAAAUCACUCGAUGACCCAGGUGGCUCCGAGCCGUGCUGACAUGACAGCGCUGGUCCCGCCUCCCGAUUCGCUGCUCACCAACAGGCACGUGUCUCCUGCUCGAUCACCGUCCAAUCACAGGAGCCCUCCAGGCUCCCGGGCGCAUUUAGCGAAAGAGCGACGGGAGGACAAAGAGAAGACUCAAGAGCUGUCCGAGGUGCUGCGGGAUAAGGAGCGUCGUGCGCAGCAGCAGCUGGAGCGUUGCGCCGAGCAGCGAGGCAGGAAGAUGGAGGAGCAGCGGAGGAAGGAGCAGCAUCGCAGGACGGCGGCCGAGGAAAAGAGGCGACAGCAGCAGGAGGCGGAGAAGGAGAGGCUGGAGGCCCUGGUUCGCCGGAGAGGAGGGGGCACCGAGAGACGAGGAGGAGGAGGAGCAGCAGGAGGUGGAGGAGGAGGAGGAGGAGGAGGAGGAGGGGAGGUCCAGGACCACCUGGAUCACAGGCCCAAACGGUGGACGUGGGGAGGACCGCCUGAUGGAGUGGAGGGUAACCCUAAGACCCCGCCCUGCCAUGCCAUUGGCUCCGCUCAGCCCAAUGAGCUUCCUGCUGCUUCCAGCACCAGCCAAUCCCGUAACGUCGCUGACUUCUUGUCUCCACCCACGAUGGAUCAGCCAAUCAACAAGCAGCUUUCCAACUCCUCAGCCGCCCUCCACUCACCAGAGAGAGUGUCUUUUGUGUCCCAACGAAUAGCUUCCCCCAGCAACCACAGACCGUACAGAAGUUCCUCCAACCGCAGGAGCAUCGCUGGGUUCCCCGAAGAGAUGUCCAGGGCCAGAACGCCCACGGGGGAGUCUCCCAGCACACCGGUCCGCAGUUCUUCCUUCAGGGCCAACAGCAAGGGCCCGGCCACACCGAAACGGGUGAGGUCGAACAGGAGUCGGGCCCAGUCUCCCUGCUCGCCGGGUCAGUACCCUCCAUCCCCGCUCCGGCAGAGAGCCACCACCCCCGACGACAGGGGCCACGCCGACGUCAAAGCUCACGGCACCCUGGAGAGGAAAACCACCAAAUCUGAGACCUCCGAGAAGAAGAUCCCCAAAUCCACCAGCAGAGAACUGAACGCAGAGUCUCCAGGAACGCCCACCGGCCGGAGCGUCGGCGGGACGAUGGACGCCGAGGAGGCGUCCAGACUGCUGGCAGAGAGACGCCGUCUGGCCCGAAUACAGAAGGAGCAGGAGGAGAGGCAACGGCAGGAGGAGGAGAGGCUGAGGGCUGAGGAGGAGCAGAGGAGGCUGCAGGAGGCGAGAGAGCGACAGGAGAGGGCAGCUCGACAGGCCGAGGAGGAGAGAGUGAGACGGGAGGAGGAGAGGAGGACCAAGGAGGAGGAGGAGAGACGGCAGAAGGAGCAGAGGUGGAAGGACAUGCAGGAUCAGCUGGACAGAGAGAGGGAGGAGGCCUUCCUGCGAGCCCAGAAGGAGGCCGAGAGGAAGAGGCAGGAGAGGGAGCUGCUGCACAUCCAGGAGGAGCAGGAGAGGCAGCAGAGGAAGAAGAGAAUUGAGGAGAUCAUGAAGAGAACAAGGAAGAGUGAAGUGGAGCCUCCAUCUGCUGCCUCAGCGUCCGAGGGUCGAGCCGAAGCCGCCGUUGCCUCCGAGGACGACGUUCCGACUCCGGCUGAAGCUCCCGCUAUCACGCUGGGGCCCCUGGAGAGUAAGAGCUGCAUGGACGAGCUGUCUGACGGAGUCCAGUCCAUGGACGUCAGUUCUCCAUCUGUGUCCAUCAGUCCGGUGUCCAGGGACGAGCAGGCGAGCGCUCAGGAGUUCUCGCCGGUCACCGAGGGAACCGACGGCUGCCCCCUGGAGCACCUGAUGGACCUGGACGCCCUCGGGAGAGGACAGCGGUCGGGAGCGGAGACGCCCCCUUACCCCAAGCUGCAGGCCGGCAGCGGGGUGGGAGACCUCAACAAGAACCUGCUGAUCCAAGCAUACAACGCCGCCUCCGAGUCGUCCCAGCUCAUCCACAGCGUCGGGCCGAGCAAGCUGGACGUCCAGUAGCCAGGACCUUUUUCAGGAGCUGGCAGGUAAAAAAAAAAAAAAAAAAAAACCAGGAGCCAGGAGAAACACCACGAGAACAUCGCCUCCAUCUGCAACAACAACUAUCAUCACGUCCACGAGGAACGACCGCCGAACACCUGAUUUCUCAUCUGUAUUAUCAAACCACACACACACAUAACUGUUAACGCUUUCGGCCACACUUUCAGGCAGUGCAGACGGGCAAUUUGGACAAAAUCGUACGAAUAAUGACAUGAUCAUGUUACACAGGAGAGGGAUAAACUUUCUUGCAUGUGAAAGAAUUUGUCUAAUAGGACGACUACCAGGAACACUGGUGAUGUGAGCUCAUUGAUGUGUGCAUUGCUUUUUUUUUUAAUAUUAUAAUCUCUCCUCUGAACGCUCUUCGUCUGGAGCAGUUUUCUUGGACGCUUCCUCCAAAGGAUUCACCAUGCUGUCCAUGUUUUCAUCUCUCUUCUUCAGCCCUUAAAACCAGUUGUUGAUCAUUGAUGCAUCAAAUAAUCGGGGUUGCGUGAGCUUGUUUUACUUGAAUGUAACGGACGUUUAUUUAUAUGUAAAAGUCCUCGAAAGCUGACUUUGUUCACGCCAUAAAAACUGGGUAGUAGUUAAAAAAUGUGCAUUUUAAGACACAAAAGAUAAAAAAAUCCCAUCCAUCGAGCCAGUAUUUCCCAGCUGCACUGCCUCAAAGCGUCACUCCAGCAUCAUCGGCUUCUGUCUCUCGCCCCUGCUUCUGAAAAACUCUGUAAAUAGAUGCGACCGGGCGGUGGAGUGGCGUCACCGUGGGCAACAAGGAGCAGCUCUGUAGCAGCAAAUCCGAACGAGAGCCGCCGCCCAGCCCCGACUGUCGCGUGAACCCUGCGUAGCAUCUUGGGUGAGCUAGUCGAGCCGUGUAAUGGUUGUAGCCGUGUACUCCAGCAGUCCUGUCAGUGAUGGUUCCUGUGUGUUUAUCCCACCGCCGGUUUUAAACCCGGUCUGCUGUAGAUUUCCUGUCAUCCAGACGCCGGAGAGCAUCGAGGGUGAUAUUAUAAGCCUGCUGUCGACCCGUAGCCUUUAGCUUUGGUUCCUCUGCUGCUCAUCGCUCCAUCGAUGGACGUUUUGGGGAUUUGCAGCAGGAUAUUAACCCUCGUGUUGUCCUGCGGGUCAAAACUGAUCCGGUUUAAAGUUUGAAAAUGUGGGAAAAAAUUAUUUCACAGUGAAACUUCUGAUGUCCACAUUUUCGACAGUUUUGGGGAAAUCUUUGAACAUUUUUUGGUGGAAAAAAAAAUGUUAAAAAUGUUUCCUAAGAACGUUCACAAAAAAAUCAACCAAAAUCCAGCAGAUUUCGUUGGAUUUUGGUUGAUUUUUAUGUGAAUGUCCAAGAUGAUUCAAAAAUGAUGUGUCCAAAUUUAUCCAGAAUUACAGAAAAUUUUCCAGAAAUGAUAUAAAAUGACGAAAAUUUGUUCAGAAUGACAUGAGCAUAUUCUAAAAUGACUGGAAAAUGAUCCAAAAUCAGUCAGAAUUUCUCUCAAAUGAUUAAAAAUUAUCCAGAAUGACUGAAAAAUUGCAGAAUCACGCUAAAUUUGUCCAAGAUGCUUCAAAAAUGAUCCGGAAUGAUUCAAAAUGUGUCCAAAAUGAAUUGAAAAUGAUCCAGAAUUGCAGAAAAUUUGUCCAGAAAUGGUCUCAAAUGACAAAAAUAUGUUCAGAAUGACAUGAAAAUAAUGUAAAAUGACUGGAAAAUGAUCCAAAAUCAGUCAGAAUUCUCUCAAAUUAUCAAAAAUGACUGAAAACUUGCAGAAUGAAAGUUUUAUUUAAAAAAAAAAAAAAAAAAUCCCCCAAAUUUGGCAAGAAAAAGAAACCUUUAAGGCAUUAUUGGAAUGUUCUUCCUGAAGGUUUUGCAAAUUUUCAGAAAUUUGGGGAAUUUUUUUGCAGAAUUUGGGGAUUUUUUUCAGGUAAAGAAACCGUAUUUUUUGGUGCCCGUAAAUGAGGACAACAGGAGGGUUAAAGUAACCUUUUGGGGGGUAAAAAGGUAAAAAAAAUACCACAAAAUGUCCUGUGUUUUUAUCUGCAGGUCGGGGGGAAAAUGUCGACACGGUGUGUUGUGUGUAUUUGUCUGGCACUGACUGUAACCACGCAAGCUGCAGUUUAUAAGUAGUUGUGUGUUUCACCGCUCCGCCUCGGCUCAUUCUGUUUAAAUAUACCUCACCAGUUGGAAACAGACUGCGGCGUUUUAACAACUCAUCACCUCCGAGGCCUUAAACCUCUGCAGUGUUUCCCUCCAGCAGCCGUCCUCCGUGCUUCACCCUCCAGCAUGUGCACUUUCCUCUCCGUUUAAAGGGAUGAGACGAAUAAAAACGACAGAUAUUCUCCAGAAUAGACAGAGCUGAGUGAGAAAUGGCAAUUUAUGUUAUCUACCCACCCUCCGUCCUGCUGCCAAAGACCCUCAGGGGCUUCAAAAACCGGAUUCCAGAAAUGCUGAGGUUGUAAAUUUACACCCAAAAGAAACCCACAGACCCGCCACCAACAAAACUCUGCAUAAAAAUCUGAUAAUUUAAAGAAAAUCACAUCAUAUUCAACUACUAGGCCAAUUAAUGUAGUGGAGAAUAGUAAAUUCACGCCCCAACAAAACCCUACCCGCCUGCCACCAACCAAACUCUGCACAUUUUUCUGGUAAUUUCAGGUAAAAUUGCAUUUAAUUAUUCAACAUCUGAGCAGAUUUGAUCUUUCUGCAUUACUGCAUAUACUAACAGAUGUUUUAUUCCAGUGAAAAAUACUGAAAACCACCAACUAAACUGUACAUUUCUCUGAUAAUUUAAAGGAAAUCACAUUCUAUUUAACUAUUAGGUAAAUUAUGUCAUGGAGAAUAUUAAAUUACCUUUUAAAAGCCUUUAAAAACUCCAUGAUUUCAUUUGUUUGACCAUCCACCAACCAAACUCUGUACAAAUUUUACAUUAUUUUCAAUCACCUGGUGAAAUAAUGUAAUUGAGAAAGCUAAAUUCUUCUUGAAAUCCCUUAAUAACUGGACGACAUUUCUGAGAAUUUAAGGAAAACUAUAUUAACAAAGAGAAAAAAAAAGCUCAACUUCUACUGAGAGGAAACAAAAAAACUUCACACAUUUGCGUCAGUAUUAUCGCAAAAUGCUGUUUUUGUGCGACAGGAGUUCAUCAUAAAUGCAUAACAAAAGAAAACCACAGAAACCACAGAUGACAACCGAUUUAUUUAGCUAAAAAAUGUGUAUAUAAUGCCCUUUAUGCCAUUACUAACCUUCCAAAUUCCCAGAAAUCUCACUGAAUCUCCAGUUUGUUGAGUUGACAGGACACAGUGGUGGUUUGCGUGGUUAAAUUCUCAAAAACUGGAUCCAGGUUCUUGUUAGAUGUUGCUGUUGCGUAGAAGAGGCUCCGCUGCUCUUCCUGAAUGCCACGCCAAGGGAAUAAAGCGACCCACAGCCAGUUAUUUUCCAUCAUCUCGCUCCCCGUCAGCUCGUUAGCUCGUUAAUCCUCCAGGUUCUGCUGAAGCUCCACCUUUAAGUGGGUCUCCUGGGGUCCCCCUUGUAUAUGAAAAUAAAGGACAUAGCGUUUAUCCUAAUAUUACUCUGUGACACUGCAGCUUGGUGGAAUAUAUCAUUGUAGACGUGGUGCAUGGGUAACUGCUGAAAAACGAAACAAUAAAACUUCAUCAAGCCAUUUGUGUCAGUGAGCUGGGUAAAUCUAACCAAGGCGAGGAACCGAGCAAAGAUUCUAGAGUCCGUAUGAGAUGUUUUACUCUUUCACGACAAGUCUAGUGUAGGGCUUUAACGCAGCCACUUUUAUUUAUCAUUAUAUCUCACUGUGUGUUGACUUUAUGCUGCACUGAAAUUAAAACUGAUCUGCAAACGUCA